GCUGCCACCAACAACACCAGGGAAAAACUUGAAAAAGUAAAAACCAGUAGAAAAAUAGUAGAUCGCCGUCUUUCUCGUGUGUAUGUGUGCCACUUUUGGCUACAAAGCGAACGAGCCGCCGUCACCGCCGCCAACAAAAACAAAAACAACUUAAUAUUCAUACACACAGGAUUUAACAUAAAUCAUUCACGCUGGAUUUAGGAUACUACGAAGCUGUUAAGGCAUCACAAUAUGAACCGGGAGGUUACUCAACGCUGCAGGCACAAAAUCGCAACUCCGCCAACAUGACGCAACGCGAUGGCAUUAUAAAAUUUGAAAAUGAACGCAUUAAGACGCUGCAAGAGGAACGUUUACACAUACAGAAGAAGACAUUUACAAAAUGGAUGAAUUCGUUUUUGAUCAAGGCCAAAAUGGAGGUCGAAGACCUAUUCACAGAUCUAGCCGAUGGUAUUAAAUUACUUAAACUACUUGAGAUUAUAUCGUCGGAGAAACUGGGCAAGCCGAAUAGCGGACGCAUGCGUGUACAUAAAAUUGAAAAUGUCAACAAGAGUCUGGCAUUCUUGCACACCAAGGUACGCUUGGAGUCCAUUGGUGCUGAGGAUAUUGUCGAUGGCAAUCCCAGAUUGAUCUUGGGUCUCAUCUGGACCAUCAUUUUGCGAUUUCAAAUUCAGGAAAUUGAAAUCGAUGUGGAUGAAGAAAACGAAUCCAGCGAGAAACGUUCCGCCAAAGAUGCGCUACUUUUGUGGUGUCAGCGUAAGACGCAUGGCUAUCCAGGCGUUAAUAUUGUGGACUUCACAUCAUCAUGGCGUUCUGGUUUGGGUUUCAAUGCACUCAUACACUCACAUCGACCCGAUCUGUUUGAAUACAGCACUAUUGUCAAUUCGAAGAACUCAAAUUUGGAUAAUUUGAAUCAUGCAUUCGAUACGGCAGCCAAUGAAUUGGGCAUACCAAGUUUGCUGGAUGCCGAGGACGUUGACUCGGCGAGGCCCGACGAGAAAUCGAUCUUGACCUAUGUGGCCUCCUACUAUCACACGUUUGCACGCAUGAAGAACGAACAGAAGAGCGGGAAACGCAUAGCGAAUAUUGUGGGCCAAUUGAUGGAUGCUGACCGUAAGAAAAUGCAAUACGAACGACUGACCACAAAUCUACUAAGCUGGAUCAGACAAAAAACGCUGGAGUUGGAGCAACGCGACUUUCCAAAUUCUUUGGAAGGCAUUCAGCGCGAGCUACUGGCGUUUAAAGAAUAUCGCACGAUUGAAAAGCCGCCCAAAUAUAAAGAGCGCAGCGAGAUUGAAGCUCUCUACUUUACCAUCAAUACGCUCCUCAAAGCGCUAAAUCAGCCACCUUAUAAUCCCCAGGAUGGUCAACUGGUCAACGAUAUCGAAAAGGCCUGGCAGAUCUUGGAGUAUGCCGAACAUAAUCGUGAAGUGGCGUUGCGUGAGGAACUGCUGCGUCAGGAGAAACUCGAGCAGCUGAAUUACAAAUUUGAAAAGAAGUCCGUACUGCGCGAGGGCUACCUUAAGGAAAUGAUACAAGUAUUAUCGGAUCCUCGCUAUUUGCGUCAGGUGGAUGCCACGCUGAAGAAGCACGAAGCCAUUUCCGCCGACAUUUUAGCUCGCGUUGAACGCUUCAAUGACUUGACGGCCAUGGCGAAUGAGCUAGAGAAUGAGAACUAUCAUGGCAAGGAGCGUGUGAAGAAACGUGAACAGGAGGUGAUGGAAAAGUGGCGUAAAUUAUUAGAGCUCCUGGAAAAUCAGCGUCUCAACCUUUCACAAAUGAGCAAUCUGAUGAAUCUUUUGCGUGAGAUUGCCAGCACCACAGAAUCGGUGCGUGAGUUACAGGUUCAGUUUGCCUCCGAAGAUGUGGGCCCACAUUUGCUUGGUGUUGAGGAACUUCUGCAAGCCCACUCGUUGCAAGAACUGCAGGUGAACACCUAUGGCGAGACAUUGAAACGUUUCAAUCGUCAGGCACUGCCUUACAAAAAUUCAGAGCAGAAAGAUGCAGCGUUGCUAGCACAGCGGUUGGCCGAAUUGGAACAAGCCUAUGCAGAGCUCCUGAAACUUUCGGCCCAGCGUCGGGCACGUCUCGAAGAAGCACGUAACUUCCAUCAUUUUAUGGAGGACUACGAUAACGAGGAGAGCUGGCUGGUGGAUAAGCAACGCAUUUGCAAAACAGGUAUCACGGCUAAAGAUCUGCGGGCCGUGCUUUCACUGCAACAGAAACACAAAGCCCUAGAAGAUGAGAUCAAGUCGCGCAAACCCAAAUCGUUGCAAAUGUCUGAGGCAGGCAAGCGCCUAAUAGGCGAGCACCACCCACGCUCCAGUGAAAUAAAAAGUCGCAUCGAGUCGCUAACUGAACAUUGGCAGGCACUUGAGGAUUUGGUAGAAUUGCGACGACGACAACUCGAAGAUGCAGCUGAGGCCUAUCAGUUCUACACCGACGCUAAUGAGGCGGAAUCAUGGUUGAAUGAGAAAAUGGCGCUGGUUAACUCGAAGGACUAUGGCAAUGACGAGCCCUCAGCGCAAGCACUAUUGCAACGGCAUCGUGAUCUUCAGGGCGAGCUGAAUGCCUAUUCCGGCGAUAUACUUAACCUUAACCAGCAGGCUGAUAAACUCAUCAAGGCCGGCAUAUGCACCUUGGAGCUGUCCGCAGUGGAGCCUGAAAUAGCUGAAGUGGAACAGGAAGAAUGGGUUAACGAGACACGUCUGGUCCCAAAGGAAGUAUGGGAGGACGAAUGGGUGGAGAAACUGGAGCACAAAAAGGUGACCGAAACAAAAAUGUUGCCACAUGUGCGAUCACUAUUCCCUUUCGAGGGCCAAGGCAUGAAAAUGGACAAGGGCGAGGUCAUGCUGCUCAAAUCAAAGACCAACGAUGACUGGUGGUGUGUUCGCAAGGAGAACGGCCAUGAGGGAUUUGUGCCGGCGAACUAUGUGCGCGAAAUCGAAGCCCGUCCAGUCACAUGUAUCGUACCAAAAGCUGAGAAAGUAAAGAGUCUUCAAAAGGUCAAGAAAACCAUACUGGUCCGACAAGUGGUGCCAGUCAAGCGCAUCAAGCCCGUCACGGUGGACCCCAAGCCCCUUGUUAAACGACGCACCUCGACAAAUAGCAUCAACGAGAAUGCAGACAGCGUUGAGAAGCGUCAGAAACGUAUCAAUGCCACCUAUGACGAGCUGCAAGAAAUGGCACAAAAGCGUCACGCACUGCUAGAGGAUUCUAUCCAUCUCUUUGGUUUCUACCGAGAAUGCGACGACUUUGAGAAAUGGAUGAAGGAAAAGGAACGCAUGAUCAAGAUAGACGACAGCAACGACGGCGUAGAGAAUGCCAAACGCAAGUUUGAAAAGUUCAUUACAGAUUUGUCUGCCGCCUCGAAGCGUGUAGAAGAAAUCGAUGGCGCUGUGGACACGUUCCGUCGUCAAGGACAUUCGCAACUAGACAAGAUCAUUGCGCGUCAGCGUCAAAUUCACCAGAUCUGGCAACGUCUGAACAAUGCCAAGGCACAGCGCGAGAAGAGCCUCGAGGGUGCAUCCAGUGUGGAGCUUUUCAACCGCACCUGCGAUGAGGCAAAGGUCUGGAUGAGCGAAAAGAUGCUGCAACUGGAUACCGCUGUCAUUAGUCCAGAUCUAAAAACAGUGCAGGCCCUCCAGCGCCGUCAUCAAAAUUUGGAACGUGAACUGGCACCGGUGGAGGAGAAAGUGAACCGAGUGACCUAUUUGGGCAACUCAGUAAAGAAUGCCUACCCAGCAGAGCGUGACAAUGUCAAUGCUCGCCAACAGGAAGUCCAGGACAUGUGGCAGCAGGUGCAGCAACGUGGAAGCGAGCUGCGCGCACGAAUUGAGAGUGCAGUUGGUCAGCAGAUAUUCAACAACAGUGCCAAGACUCUGCUAGCCUGGAUUGACUCCGUUAAGGAUCAGCUCAAUGCCGAUGAGUCAGCUCGCGACGUGGAAACAGCCAACAACUUGCUAAAGAAACACAACGAUUUAGGCGAUGACAUCAAGGCGCAUGACAAUGAAUUCCUCGAGGUUAUCAAUCUAGGCAAGCAGUUGUCUGAUGGUAAGCCAAAUAUGGCGGAUACAGUGAAGCUAAUUGAGCGCCUUAAAGCGGAACAAGAUGCCAUACAUCGCGGCUGGACCGAAAAACAAAAGUGGCUGCAACAAUGCGUCGAGCUGCAAAUCUUUAACCGGGAAGCAGACAAAAUUGACGCUACAACGAAGAGUCAUGAGGCCUUCCUGGAGUACAACAACCUGGGCAACUCACUGGAUGAGGUCGAAGCCAUCUUAAAGCGUCACAUUGAUUUUGAAAAGAGCUUGAUGGCGCAGGAUAAAGUUCUGAAGGCUUUUUCGGACAAUGCGGACAAGCUCAUUGCUAAUGAUCACUACGAUGCUAAAUAUAUCGGCGAUCGUCGUAACCAAGUACUAGGCAAGCGCAAGGCCGUCAAAGAUCGUGCCUUUGAACGCAAGCGUGCACUACAAGCUUCGAAGGACUUCCACAAAUUUUCGGCUGAAGCUGAUGACCUUAGGGUGUGGUUGCAGGAUAAAACUAAAAUUGCCGGAGAUGAAAGCUAUCGUGACUUAACGAACCUUCCACGCAAACUGCAGAAGCACAAGGCCUUUGAGCGAGAAUUACGUGCUAACGAAGGUCAAUUGCGUAACAUCAACAAGGAUGCCGAGGCUUUGAUUCAAGCUGAAAAUCGUGUGCCCGAAGUUGAGUCUCGUGUUGCGGAUUUGAACAAGAAAUGGAAAGACUUACUCACGCUCUCCGAAGACAAAGGUCGCAAACUGGAGCAAGCUGCCUCUCAGCGCGAACAUAAUCGUGCCAUUGAGGAUGCAAAGAAGAAGGUUGAUGAAUUGGAUGCGGCAUUAAGGAGCAAAGAUGUUGGCAAUGAUUUGCGCAGCUGCAAGGACUUGAUCAACAAACAGCAGAUUUUGGAAUCUGAGAUCACAAUUUGGGAUCAAAAGAUUGCCGAGUUGGUCAACACGGGUGAUGAUAUGGCACACGAGGGACACUUUAAUGCUAAAAACAUCAAGGAUGAAACAAAGGAGCUCCAACAGCGCUUCAAAGAUCUGCGCGAUCCAACGCAAAGGCGUCGGGACAAGCUGGAGGAAAGUUUGAAUUUCCACAAGUUUGUUUUUGAACUGGAUGCCGAAUUCCAAUGGAUCAACGACCAUUUGCCAGCAGCCAAGUCCAAUGAGCUGGGCCACAAUUUACACCAAGCACAGUCGUUGCACAAGAAACACAAGAAGCUGGAGGCAGAGAUUAAGGGUCACCAGCCCAUGAUUAAUAAGGCGUUGCAGUCAGGUCAGACACUCAUCGCACAACAGCAUCCUGAGCAGAAAAAUGUGGAGGUGUUGUGUAGUCAAUUGCAACAAGCUUGGGACGAUCUUGAGCUGCAUUGCGGCGAACGAUCAAGAAAGCUGGAACAAUCGUUGAAGGCACAGCAAUAUCUGUUCGACGCCGGUGAGAUCGAAUCCUGGUUGGGUGAACGCAACAAUGCGCUGCGAUCGACAGAAUACGGACGCGAUCGCGAUUCUGCCGCAAAGUUGUUAACCAAACACAAGACGAUCGAGCUGGAGUUGGACACAUAUUCAGGCAUUGUCACGGAAAUGGGACACACUUGCGCAGCAAUGGUGGCCGCUGGCCAUCCAGAUAGCAAGGUGUUGACUGCCAAGCAGCAACUUAUUGAGAAAAUGCUUAAGUCGCUGCACAAAUUGGCCCAACAACGCCAGAUGCGACUAAUGGAGAGCCUGUUCAUGCAUGAGUUCUUCCUAGAGUCCGAUGAGGUGGAGCAAUGGAUAAAGGAACAAGAGCAAACGGCUUCAUCAGAAGAUUACGGCCAGGACUUUGAGCAUUUACAAUUGUUGCAGAACAAAUUCGAUGAUCUGAAGCAUCGCGUUGAGGUGGGCGCCGAUCGUGUCGAUCAGUGUGAAGUUCUCGCCAAAAAACUUAUCGAAUCGGAGAGCCCCUAUGCCAAUGAGGUCGAAAAGAGACAGGAACAACUAAGAACGUCUUGGGAAAACCUUCUGAAGCUGCUGAAUCAACGCGAGCAGAAACUGCAUGCUGCCGGCGAAAUCCACCGUUUCCAUCGUGAUGUAGCCGAGGCGCUAUUCCGCAUACAAGACAAGAAUGCGGCACUUUCUUCUGAAUUGGGCAAAGAUUUGAAUUCUGCGCUUGCGCUGUUACGCAAGCAUGAGGGCUUCGAAAAUGAUUUGGUCGCCUUAGAGGCGCAACUGCAAGUGCUCGUUGAGGAUUCGGUGCGCCUCCAGGCCAAGUAUCCUUCUAAUGCUGCGGCAAUUGCACAGCAGCAGGACAAAGUAGUCGCUGCUUGGAACGAUCUGAAAGAGCGCUCUACGGCCCGUGGAGAUCGUUUGGCCGCCAGCUCCGACCUGCAAACCUUCCUCACUGAUGUCCGUGACAUUAUGUCUUGGUCAUCAAAUUUGCGCGCUGCCCUGCAAGCCGAGGAGCAUGUGAGUGAUGCUGCCGGCGCAACAGCCCUGAAAAUCCAACAUGAUGCAAUUUAUGGAGAGAUCGAAGCACGAGAGGAUAAGUUCCGUUUCCUGAACGAACUGAGUGACUCAAUGGUGCAAACUGGUCACUAUGCCGCUGCCGAUGUAGAAGAGAAAUGUGCAGCCAUGCUGGAUGAGCGUCAGAAACUACACGCUGCCUGGAACAAGAAGAAGAUCAUGUUGGAGCAGAAGAUUGAUUUGUUCUGUUUCCUGCGCGAUGCCAAACAAAUCGACAAUCUAUCCAGUUCGCAACAGGCGUCGCUCAGCAGCUCUGAUUUCGGUCAGACGGUUGAGGAUGUACAGAAUCAGAUCAAGAAGCACGAUGAAUUCGAGAGACUUAUACAGACGCAGGAGGAGAAAGUUGCGUUAUUGCAAGAGCAUGGACGGAAGCUCAUUGAACAAAGACACUACGACAGUGCCAAUAUUCAGACCAUAUUGCAAGGUGUAUUGGCGCGACGCCAAAAAGUAAAGGAUCUUUGCGCAGUACGUCGCUACAAGCUUGAGGAUGCCCUUCUUUAUGCCAAAUUCGUGCGUGACUGCGCCGAAGCCGAGUCCUGGAUCAAUGAGAAGAAGAAGAAGCUGGAGGCAGAUGCUGCCAGUUAUGCAGAGGUCACCAAUCUCGAUGAGAAGAUUAAGAAACUGCAAAAGCACCAAGCCUUCCAGGCCGAGGUUGCUGCCAACCAAGGUCGCAUCAAGGAAAUCCAGGACACGGGCGUCAUUUUGCUUAGCAAGCAACACGAAUCUUCGCCAGAAAUCAAACAGGCCAUUGAGCGCGUCCUGCUCGCCUGGCAGAGUCUGCUGGAUGAAUUGGACCAACGCGGCCGUGGCUUGGAAGAGGCCCAGGAUAUUCUCGAAUUCAACAACCAACUGGACAAGAUUGAGGCCUGGAUCCGCGACAAGGAGAUGAUGGUGCAGGCUAGUGACACCGGUCGCGAUCUGGAACAUUGCAGCGCACUUAUGCGUAAGCUGGACGAUGUCGACUCGGACAUGCGUGUGGAUGAUCAGCGUGUCAAGCAUAUCAACCAGUUGGCCGACAAGCUUAUUAACCAGGCACAAGUUCCGGCAGAAACCAAGAGUAUUGACAAACGGCGUCGCGACUUCAACCACAAUUGGCGACAGCUACAGGGUGCUCUUAAUGCCUAUCGCGCACUUCUUGGCGGUGCCAAUGAAAUUCACGUCUUCGAUCGGGAUGUUGACGAUACGGCAGAACGUAUUGCAGAAAAGGCGCUGGCCAUGAGCUCCGAGGACACGGGUCGUGACCUGGAGGCCGUCGAAGCGCUUAUACGGCGCGAAGAGGCAUUAGAACGUGCCAUGUCAGCGGUAAAGCAAAAGAUCGAUGAACAUGGAACUGCAGGCGAAAAGUUGCAACGGAAAUAUCCCGAAGGCGCCCCCCAUAUUCAACGCAAGUUAGACGAGCUGCAUAAUUCAUGGCAAAAUCUGCAAGGCUUGACAGUCAAGCGACAGAGUCUACUAAACGAAGCAUAUCUGGUCCACAAGUUUGUGUCGGACGUGAAAGAGCUCGAGCUGUGGGUUAACGAUAUGGUUAAGAAAAUGAACGCUGUCCAGGCACCUUCGACCAUUAACGAUUGUGAGACGCAAUUGGAAUUGCAUCAAGAACGCAAGGUGGAGAUCGAAGGACGUGACAAGGCCUUUGCUGCUCUGAAACAGCACGGCGAGCAGCUGGCGGCACAACAAAAUUCUGGAAGUGUCACAAAGUAUUUGCGCGUUUUGGAGGAUCAACAUCAAGCUCUCCACGAUGCUUGGAGCGAACGCGCACGUGACCUAACCGAAGCCCAUCAACUGCAGUUGUUUAAGGCUCAAGUAGAACAAGUCGAAAUUUGGCUGGCCAACAAGGAGGCUUUCCUGAAUAACGAUGAUUUGGGUGAUUCGUACACUGCUGUUGAGCGUCUGAUAAAAAAACACGAUGCCUUUGAAAAGGUACUUGAUGCUGACCAUGUCGAUGCCUUGCAGAAGUUUGCCAACAGCAUCCUAGAGAGCGAUCCCAAGGAUGCGGAUUUGAUACGCGAGAAACUUGCCUAUAUUCUGCGACGCAAGCAAAAACUUCUGGACCUCUCGGAAGAGCGCAAACAGCGUUUGCUGCAAUCUUUGCAGCUUCAGGAAUUCCUGCGAAGUCUGUACGAGAUUGAUCGUUGGUUGGUGCAAAAAUUACAAGUAGCACUAGAUGAGAACUAUCGCGAGCCAAGCAACCUCCAGAGCAAGAUCCAAAAGCAUACAGCAUUCGAUAGCGAAUUAUUGAGCAACUCGCCACGCGUCCAAGCGGUUAUUGGAGAAGGUGAACGCCUCAUUCGUGGCGAGCACUUUGCCAAGGAUGAAAUAGCACAACAGGUGCAAUUGCUCGAGGGCGAUUGGUUGAAGCUCAAGGCAGCCUCACAGUCCAAGAAGGAAAAACUACAACAAGCCUACGAUGCACUUACCUUUAAUCGCAGUGUAGACGAAUUUAAUAACUGGAUGGACGAUGUGGAGGCGCAAUUAUCAAGCGAGGACUACGGAAAGGAUUUGGCUACCGUCAGCAAUCUACUUAAGAAGCAUGAGCGCCUAGAAGCCGAUGUUGCGCAUCACAAUGAACUUGCCGACCAACUGAAACUCAAGGAUGAACAAUUCUUUAAGGCCGAUCACUUCCUUAAAGCGGAAAUACACGAGCGCGCGAUGGCAACCGUCAAACGCUACAAUACGCUGCAUGAACCCAUUGCCAUCAGACGUGAAAAUUUGGAGGAUUCAUUGAGUCUACAACAAUUCCUGCGCGAUGCGGAAGAUGAGCUGCAGUGGCUUGGUGAGAAGCAGUUGAUCGCUGGCUCGCAGGAUCUGGGCAGUAGUCUGUUGGCUGUGCAAGGACUGCAAAAGAAGCACAAUGCCCUAGAAGCUGAACUCGUAUCGCAGGAGCCACUGAUACAGGCGCUUCUGCAGCGUGGCCAGCAGAUGAUACGCGACAACCACUUUGCUAGCGAGCAGGUGCAGUACAAAUCGGAUCUUUUGCAAAAGCAAUUGGUGCAAUUGCGUGAUUUGGCCAGUAUUCGUCGAUUGCGGCUUCUAGAUGCCGUCGAGAGUCAGUUGUUCUAUGUGGAAGCCAAUGAGGCCGAUGCCUGGAUGCGUGAGAAACGUCCCGUUUUGGCUAGCAGUGACUAUGGACGCGAUGAGAUUUCAGUGCAAACUCAUCAGAAGAAGUUGGAGGUGUUGCAUCGUGAACUUACAUCCUUUAAGCCAUCAAUUGAGAAGGUUAACAAACUGGCUACGGGCCUGAUUGAACGCAAUCACUUCGAUAGCGCGAACAUCAAGGAGAAAAAUAGUGCAGUAGCGCAACAAUAUGCCGAGUUAUUGCGUCUAGCAAAGGACCGUGAGCUUCGUCUGAGUGAAUGUAAGAAGCUGUUCGAGUAUCUUCGAGAAACGGAGGAGCUUCACGAAUGGAUUGGCGAUCAAAUGGCAGUCACCGCCUCCGAGGACUAUGGUGAGGAUGUGGAGCAUGUGGAACAACUGAUAUUGGCCUUUGAAUCGUUUGUUUCCAACCUGAAUGCCAAUGAGGCACGCGUAGAGGCAUGCCUAGAGCGUGGCGAUCGUCUAAUCCAAGAGAACAACCCCUAUCGCACCUCGAUUAAGACAAAACGCGAUGAGACCAAACAGUUAUGGGAUGAACUCAAGGACCUAGUCAAUGCACGUCAAGAUGCUUUAGCAGGCGCCAAGCAAGUGCACGUUUACGAUCGUGUGGCUGAUGAAACGAUUACGCUAAUAAACGAGAAAGAGGCUUCACUUAUAUCCGAAGACUAUGGUCAAGAUUUGGAGAGUAUACAGGCACUAGGUCGCAAGCAUCUCGUUUUCGAGGGUGAACUAACAGCCAUAAAGGAGCAAGUGGACUCAGUGCUAGGGGAAGCCGUAAAACUGGGUGAAAUCUACCCCGAUGCACGCGAACACAUCGAGGUUAAACGUGAUGAGACAGUUGAGGCAUGGACCGAUUUGAAGGAUAAAACCACUGCCCGCAAGAGCAAGCUCUCGCAAGCCGAACAACUACAAUCGUACUUCGACGAGUAUCGCGAUCUAAUUGCCUGGAUCAAUGAAAUGCUUGCCAAGAUCACCGCACCCGAAUUGGCAACUAGCGUUGCCGGCGCUGAACUACUGCUGGCCAGCAUCAAGGACCAUCAUGCUGAAAUUCGUGCACGUGACGAGACAUUUGCCAAGUUUACGGCCAAUGGCGAGCAACUGAUCAAGGCCAAGCAUUUCCUGGCCCAUGAGGUGGAGGACAAAAUCAAAGUAUUGCAACAACGACACGAACUCCUGGAGCAAACCCUACAGCAGCGUAAGGAGAUCUACGAACUAAAUCUAGACACACAACUCUUCCUCAAGGAUGCCGAAAUACUCGAGCAAUGGAUCAUUAGUCGCGAACCACAGCUUAAGGAUGCCAAGCUAGGUGAAUCAAUCCCACAAGUGGAGGACUUGCUGCGUCGACAUGAGGACUUUGAAAAGACCGUAGCAGCACAAGAGGAGAAAUUCCAGGCCAUUAAACGCAUCACAUUAUUGGAGCAACGUUUCCGCAAGCAGGUGGAGAACGAGAAAUUGGCCAAACAGAAAGAGAAGGAACGUUUGGAGAAAGAACGGCUGGAACAGUUGAAACAGAAGGAGCUUCAACGUCUGAAUGACGAGAGACGACGCGCCGAGAAGCAGCAGGAGCAUCGUAACAACGCAGCAGCCCAGGAAAAGACGCCUAUUUUCUCUUCGCCCAUGGUGACCGUCACAGGCACUGGCAGUGGAUCGCAAACUCCAUCCUCGGUGCAAUCCCCCAUGCGCAAACCCUACGACGAAGAACAGUAUUCACUGCAAAAGAGCAGCUCCUCGGGUAUGUUUGGUGAUCGUUUGCGACGCGGCUCAGCCGAUGCCAAUGUUAAGCGUGCCGAGAGCAUGAAAGUGCAACCGAAGCAACCCAAGCGAACCCCCUCAUUCACUACGCGUCGUCGUGCCCAAUCGUUCCGUAAGAACCAAAAGGGCGAGGGUUUCGACUUGCCACCUGUCGAAAUUCAAGGCAUGCUAGAACGCAAACAUGGACUGCAAUCUGGAGGGAAAAAGGCACCUGUACGCUCCUGGAAGCAAUUCCACACCGUACUCUGUGGGCAGUUGGUGUGCUUCUUCAAGGAUGAAAAUGAUUUCCUGCAGCAGAAGACGGCCACAGCUCCAGUCAACAUCUUGGGAGCGAAAUGCGAACGUGCCGAUGAUUACACGAAGAAGAAGUACGUGUUCCGAUUGAAGCUGCCCGACGGCUCAGAGUUUCUGUUCGAAGCACCUUCACUGGAAAUCAUGAACGAUUGGGUGCGCAAGAUAUCCUUCCAUGCUAGUCUGCCGCCAAAUCUACAGCUGCUCAGCUACGAUGAAUCCAUGAAGCAACAAUCCAGCAGUUCCCCAGACAUUAAAGUAGUCAGCAAUGUGGAGUCACCCGUGAGUUCACGCAACUCUUCGCCCGAUUCACAGCGUCGUGCCAGCGGCAGCCAAACUUUAGAAAUAGCCACACCACAAAUGGCCUUCCUGCAGCGACAAAUGCAACAACAACAGCAACAGCAACUUCAGCAGCAGCAACAAUCCCAGCCGAGCUCACCAACGUCAGGCUUCGAUCAGAAACCGCCCAUACCACCACGAGGAGCUCCACCAGUGGCCACACAACGUCAGAGUCAAGAGAAUCUAGUUGUGCUACGCAAUCGUCAAAGUUCGACCAAUGUUAGGGAAGGUAAUUACACCACCUUUCAACGUUCUCUUUUGGAUUUGACCGAUGGUCGCCUGCAGCAAUCCUCCACACUACCCGCCGGACUGACGGGCAUACAAAAUGGUAGCAGUCAAGAUGAUGGAGUGGUGUUGAAGCGCAACAGCGAGUCUAGACAAUCGGAUAAUCCGCCCCCACUGCCAACGACAAUGCCACCGUUGGGCAGCGCGAAUAGCCAUCAUAAGCAUCAUCAGCAUCAACACAGUCAUCAUGCAGCGGUGUCCUCGCCCUCGCCGUCCACGUCGUCGUCCUCUGCCCACCAUCCCCAACAGGUGCAGCACAUCCACCCGCAUGCGCAGCAUCAGGCACAGGUGCAACAGCGCAUUAAUGCAUUCAAUGCAGCAGCGCAGCAACAACCUGACUAUUACAACAACAAUGUGCUGCGACAACAACAACAGCAGCAACAGCAACAGCACGGCACACACAUGUCCCCACAGCGUGUACCCUCGCUAGGCGGCCGAAUUGAUAGCACUAGAAAGUUCAUUGAAAUGGAAUCCCAUGCGCCGGGCAGCAGCACCAACAGCAACAGCAGCCACAACAACAACACCAACACAGCCAACACAAACAGCAACAAUCACAACACCAGCGGCAACAGCAACAGCAACAGCAGCAUCACGGCCAAGCGCACCAUCAGCUACUCCAGCAGCGGGGCCAGCAAUGGCAGUGGCAACAAUGGUAAUAUCAAGCAAAGGUCCAAAACCGCCUCAACAACAACAACAAUCACCACAAUGACACAACAGGCGACUAGUACUAGUCGCACGGUUUGGCAUCUAACGAGCACACCAACAACAUCAUCACCAUCAUCUCCAGCAACUACACCAACAAAAUCAUCGCCAGGCGGCGAACAUCAUAAUAAUGCCAUCAGUAAUCCAAGCUAUAUGGGUCUUCACAUGCAUAACAAUAACGAUGGAAUUGGUGGUUGGGGCAACUCCCGCUUUGAAGGCAAUCGGCCAGUGUCCUUGCAGCCGGACUCCAUAAGCUUCUCGCGGGUAUCCGCCGAGAGCUCGAGUGAGAGCGAAGCACAGUCUAUAUCCUCCGUGUCCGGCGUCAAAGGCAGCAAAAGCAAAGAGGAACGCCGCAGUGGCAUGUUCCGGAUCUUUGGACGUAAGGGCGACAAGGAGAAAGAGAAGGAAAAAGACAAACGCCGAUCGAGCCAAACGCCGCCACAGUAGAAAAAAAACGAAGUACCCUUUGGACAACGUUUGCGAGCAGCAGGAGUAAUUGUUUUUGUAUUUUUAUAAAUAUAUAUAUAUAUAAAUAAAAAUAAUUAAUUUGUAACCAUUGCGGGCACUCGCUACAAAUCAAUAUAAAUACUUAAAGAAAAAACAAGCAAAAACAAAAUAAAUCAAAUAUUUGCAAUUA